AAGAAACUACAAUUUUAUACAAAAAUUUUUUUUGGAAAUUGAUCGGUGUACGAAUACAUUCUACACCCACUGUAUAAUCUUUUGUAUUUUCAUUGUUUCUCGUCUGUAAAUUUGAGAAAUUUUAAACUACCGCAUGUUUCAGCGCCAUCUGACGACGUUUCGUUGUUGGAGUUGGAUUGGAGAUCUUUUUGACGUUUGGGAUAAGAACGCGUUCGCGCUGUGCGCGUCUAUUCACGUCUAUGGUUCUGCUCGCGUGGAAAGUGAACGAGAAAAAUUUCGUGACGUGCAUAACCCACACCUUCCUUUCACAGUGUUUCAUACUGUCCGUAAAAUGCGUAAAUUGUCCACGUUUCUGUGAUUUCUCCACUUCGAUCCUGUAAACGAUCAAUUCGCGACAAUAAAAAUCAGAUUGCGGAGGCGACGAUUCGUAUGCUCCGUGGAAGAAAAUAAUGCUUGUGCUCACGUAUGGACACCAGUGCCAGUGCCAGAUACGAUAGCUAGAUUUCUCACGAAUAAGAAGAAAGUAUCGCUGUCUUAAAGGUAGCAUGAGCAAUCCUUAUAGAGCAAGACCGACUAGGUCUAGAGUAGAUCACAGUUUAGCAUACGGAGCUCAUAAUCAAAAUGCAUGGAGUAUGCCAAGGGUACAGUCGGAUGUUUUGUCGACCGAUUCCAUUCCACGUCAACCACCUAUCGCAAAUCAGUCAAAACAAGCAACCGAUCCUUGGAAUAAUUCAUGGAAUUGGGAUUUUGAUAAACAAGCUGAUAAUCAGCAACAGCAACAACCACCUCAACAAGAGCAACAGCAGCAGCAGCAGCAACAACAACAUCAGCAACAACAUUUUAUACCUCCUUAUACGAAUCAAGGACAGCUAAUAUCAAAUUCCAUUCAGGAUCAUUAUUAUCAGAAUAUUAAUGGCAACAAGUCUGAUUUACUUAAUCAGAAUUCCAUGUCGAAUGAUGAUACGCAGAGUACAGUUGUUAAUAGGCAACCAAAUCCAAAUCAUUCGGAUUCGUUCGCAUCUUAUUCGAAUUAUAAUCGAUAUCAACAAUAUCCUCCGUCAUCUAGAACCACUUCUGUUAUAUCUGGAUCUUUGAAUUUUGACCCUCCGCAGUGGACGACCGAACAACAGUCUCAAAAUAUCCAAUACGCGCAACAAAGAACCGCUAUACAAAACCAAAACGAUAAAAUAGCGCAUCCGUCUCUACCUAGUACUAAUUAUAGUUGGCAUAAGCCGGAUCAAACGACUUUAAUGUCAUCCCAUAAUUGGCAAAGUCACGGUAGUUUGCCAGGACAUUGGCAGGAUCAGAAAACAGAUAAAGAGAUUCAAAAGUUGGACGAUAUGGGUAAUCAAUGUACACCGCCGUUACAACAAACUAGGUUGACUCAGCUUCUUCCACCUUCCACUGAGAAUACUAACAAAGAACAAUCCAUCGACGAUCCAAAUAAUUGGUCUAAUCAAACGAAUACGUCGGCAUCUCAGUGGAACAGUCAAAGUCGUGAAUCCAUGCCACCUAAUCAAAGUCAGCACGUGCCAGCAACUUGUAAUGCCACGAACGAAUUCAAUUCUUGGUCUCAAACAGCGACUGUGAGUGUUUCGCAACAGUGGAAGCAUGCGGAUGACGCUCGUACGACUCAGUGGUUACAAGAACAACAGGAUGAUAACAAGUUACCUGAAAAAACUGUUAAACAAGAUAAUGUUGGUGCUAUGGCUGCAAAUGACUGGCAACAAAAUCCUAUGAUAUCCUCUCAUCAUUCUUUAACCGAUAUACCUCAAACGCAAGAAUCUAGCAUAGAACAAGAAGAAAGGAAGAAGUCAAUACCUUCGUUAAUUACAAAUUCCAUAAUUUCAAAAGAUUCCAAUAUACAAACAAAAACUAGUAUAGCUAAACAACAAUUAUCCGACUCUCGCGUUAACGUAUCGGCGACUCCUGAAACUAUGUCAACAAUUGCGAGCUCUGAAAAUGUUUCCAUUCAGGAGAACAAUGAUUUCAAUUUAAUAAAUGAUUCAUUAGAAUGGGGAAGAAAUAUUUCAUCCGACGAGUUACCUGUUAAACUAGAACAAUUGAAUCUUGGUUCUAGGCCGAGCAAGCAGUUAGAAAAUCAAAACGAACCAUCGGAAGUCCAUCCCGCUAUAUCUGGCGAUGGAUGGAAUCAAAAUACAGUUACGCAGAACAAUACUAUUCCUGAUAAUAUACCUGGUUUACCUUCUGAUUAUGCUGCGCUUGGAAUGGAAAAUUCUCAUUCUCAUUCUCAUUCCAUUGAUUCUCAAGGUGCCAUUACUAAAGAAAAUUUAACGCACACGUCGUAUCCAGCGACAAAUAUUAAGCCAUUGGAUAAUGUAACGCAAAGUGCAUACGAUCAAUGGUACAAUCAGAAUACAUUAGCACGUUCCUUGGACAAUGCAUGGUAUUCGAAAGAUCAUGCUCGUCCAGCUAAAGAAUGGAGUGUCGAACAAAAUGUAGAGAAUUAUGAAAUUAUUCAGCAGCCUACGGAAUUCGUAAAUUUAGAAGUAGUUGCGCCGUCGUUACAGGAACGGGAUAUAUAUGGCUCGAGAGAUUCCAUAAACAAGGAAACUUUGGAUAACGAUCCAAAACCGGUUAUGAAUCUCGCCAAAGAAUCAGCUAGUACGCGUGAUUUCAGGCAAGAAGCCAAUAAUAUCGAAGUACCUUCUGCACAGCAGGUAGCUCGAUCUCAUCCACUUCUACAUUCGGAACAGGUACCAGAUAAUUAUGAAUUCGCGUCAAACGAUAGAAACACGUUUUUAGAAACCGGAGAAUUAACCGAUUCCCAUCAAGAGCACGAACCAACUCCACCAAGCCAAGACGAUGAAAACGACGAAGUGCCUAAUGAUAUUCCUUUCUUACGGGAAGUACCGGGCCAAUCGAGUUCCAUAGAUCCACGUAGAAACGACCCAACAGGGCAAGAACAAUACGUUCAAUCUGUUCAGAGACUAGCAGAUCCAAGAAGGAAUGAUCCUUCUGGUCAAGAACAAGGUCUUCAGUUAAGAAGUGUAUCCGAAAGAUCGGAACGUCGCGAUGUUCCUCCUGGCCAAGAAAGAAGCAUUCCUUUACUUUCACGAACAGACUCCGAUCCGUUAGAACGUCGAAACGAUCCGUCUGGCAGAGAGCGAUCUCUACCUCCGCAACAGUCUCGAAAUGAUCCUUCUGGAGAAGAAAGACACAAUCAAGCCCUGUCUCAGAUUAUGUUGGAAUCUAGCGAAACGCGUGAAAUACCUGGUAGAGGCAACGAUCUCGAAGACUCUAAUCAACAGACGACAGAUGAGGACCUUAGACAGAUACCAGGUGGUGCAUCUCCGAAUGAUGUCGCUCAAUCUUUAGACGACAGAUCUAAUGGACGAGUUGUUACGGGUUCACAAGAAGUUCCACCUACAAGCUCCACGAUACAAGAUCAAACAAACGAUUCAAGGAAUAAACGGGAGGAAGCUGUUGGCGCAUCCAUACGUGAGAAUCAAGGAGUUUCCAACUCGUCGAAUCGUAAAGAUUCAUACGAAGACGAGGAUGACGAUGGUUCCGGAAAUAGUAGAGACGAUAGCAGAGAGAGACGGCGCGAUAGUAGUUCUGAACGACGACGAUACGAAUACGAACGAAAGAACGCCUAUUACGAUCGUGAUCGCGAAUACGAUGAUGAUUAUUAUUACGAUCGUCGUCGCGGAGGAGAAAACGAUCGAGUGUACAAUGCGCGCGAUGAUUUCGAUCGACGAGAAGUUCCUUAUCGAGAAGAUGAUCGCAAACAUCAUAGCAAGGACGAUCUUGAUAGGCAUACGAGAGAAGAGAUGGAUAGAAGAAGCCGAGGUAAAGAUGAUCUGGAUGAAAGGGAUGGCAGAAGAAGACUCGACGAUCGUAGAAGAGAUAGGCUCGAUGAUGGCCGUCACAGGGAUAGAGAAGUUCGGGACUACGAUUCACGAUAUUCUAGAGAUCGAGAUUAUCUCGACCGUGAUAGACGAAGAGACGAUCGCGACAGAAGAGCAAGGCGAUACGAUGAUUACGAUAUCAGAGAUUCGUAUUAUGAUGAUCCUUACAGUAGAGGAUCUAGACCAUCCAGUAGAUCUUCUUACAACGAUAGAGAUCGAGCAUACCACAUGCGAACGAGAGAUUCUUACUAUGGGUAUUCCGGAUACGAUUACAGUGUUCAAUAUGCCAACAAUUAUUAUGCGUACAUAGAAAAUUUGCGACGCACAAAUCCUACCGCUUAUUCCGAAUGGUAUCAUAAAUAUUAUGCUAACCAACAUCAACAGCAACAUAUUUCUCGAAGCGUCACCAAUUAUCCGGAAGAUAGAGCGAGUGUUCAUUCAGGGCGUAGCUCUUGCGAUGAAAGAACGACUGGCGAUAAACGAACUUUAGGCGAUAUGUCCCUCGAAGAUUCGACGACUACUUCUGCACGAAUGACACCGGCUAAAUUUUCCAUGUCCCAUGCAUACGGGUGCCUUUCUAUCGGUUCUCUGAUACAUGUACAUCCAACUUAUCCAACCGAUGGCGAAAGAGCCAAAGUGGACAUUUUUAGAUUGGACAACUUACUUUUACACGAUCCUGUAGCACGCGAUUUGCGGGUUUAUCCUGGACCUCUGAUUAAGCAAGUGGGUGUUACUCAUAAAAAGACUAUUAUCGAAUAUUGCGAAAAUAAAAUUAAAAGAGCAGGAUCAAACGAAGAAAUGGUCGAUCGCGCUUCGUAUAUUCUUUUAUACGAACUAAUGAUUAUGUUGAUCCAACAGAAUGGAAAUGUUGUCGGUGUUGAUAUAGCAGCGUUAUUGCUUCGAAAUAAAGACGCGUAUCCUUACGAUUUGAACAAGCAAAAGUCUCAGGAUCUAGGAAGAAGGGAAUCCGUGAUAUCGCAAAGGUCUAGUGUCACGGGUGGAGAUGGAAUUCAGGGUAAUCAAGAUGGCGGAGAAAUUGCUGAGAAAGUCGAAAAUAAACCACGGCAAAGCAUCGAACAAAUUACAGACGAGUUUAGAAAUACGCUACUAUACGGAUUAGUGCAAGAAGCACUGGAAUAUGCGAUGAACGAAGGACUUUGGGGCCAUGCACUCUUCUUGGCUAGUAAAUUAGACAAACGUACUCAUGCUUCGGUGAUGACACGUUUUGCCAAUAGUUUACCUUACCACGAUCCACUGCAAACUUUAUAUCAACUUCAUUCUGGCCGUGUGCCCGCCGUUGUUACCGGUAUAUCGGAUCCACGCUGGGACGAUUGGAGACCUCAUUUAGCUAUGAUUAUAUCGAACACUUCUGCCAAUCCGGAAAUUAAUCGUCGUUCGAUUACAACGCUCGGAGACACGCUUUUCGCGCGAGGGGACAUCCAUGCUGCUCAUUUCUGUUACAUACUCGCACAAGUCGAUUUCGGUGCUUACGGAACGAAUAACGUGAAACUUGUAUUGAUCGGUGCGAAUCAUCAUAAACCGUAUAACGCGUUUAUCACGAUGGAAGCUGUUAUGCUUACAGAAAUAUACGAAUACGCUCGAAACCUUAGCGAACCAGGAUUUACAUUGGUGGAUCUUCAAACUUUUAAAUUUGAUUUGGCUAAAAAAAUGGUUGAUCAUGGAUUGAUAGAGAAAGCCUUGUUGUACAUAGAACAAGUUGCAGUGAAUAUCGUUAACGAACCAUCGAAAUACAAGAGAUCGUUUAUUGGUGCGGUAUAUAAUUUAGGAGACAGAAUUAAAUACCAUGACCCAGUCUAUAAAGAUUCGACCGACGAAGGUAUAACUUUAACUUGGUUCGAUAAUUUAGUCGAGAUAGUUGGUAAAUGCCAUACUGGAGAAAUUAUUGAAAACAAUGCCGGUGGUUUACAAAUGAAAAUGGAAUCGCACAACAACGUGCAAAAUGUAGAAAUGUAUGAGACGAAACAGCAGCAACAACAGCAAACACAUCAACAACAACAACAAACACAUCAACAACAACAACAACAACAACAACCAUGGAAUCCAGUUCAGCCCGAUUACAGAGAAGGUCCAUCAUCAAUGAUGGAAGUAGCCACGACUGAUGUGCAGGCGGAAUGGCAACCAUUAUCCUUGCCAUCCAAUAUACCAGACACGCAUGAUCAAAGUAUGCAAUACCCAAGAAAUAACGAGGAAUCUUGUCAAUACCAACAAUCGCAACAUCAAGACUACUGGAACCAAGAGUCCUAUUAUCAGAAUAAUUACGGGAGGAAUGACAAUACCGUCGCGAACUGGCAACAGCUUUCAACUCAAACACUGUACCCCUCGGAACAAGGUGACAUCGAUAAUUCUCAGCAACAGGAAAAAUGGAACUAUGAGACGGAAAGGGAAGAAAAAGCAUCCACCCCUGAACCACCUCAACCUGCGAUUUCUAUGACGCCGUCAACGAAAAAGCAGUACGAUCCAUUGGAAGAGUUGGACGCACUCGAGACUCCGAAACAACCGUCGAAAGCUACGUCAGCGACGAAGAAGGCACCGGAGAAAGCACCCGAGAAGAAACCUUCCAACAGUGGAGGCUCUUGGUUUGGUGGCUUUUUCAGCAAACUUGCACCAAAGCCAAGGAACCAAAUGAUCCUACCGGAUGACAGUAACCCAGCGAUCGUUUGGGAUCCUGUUGGUAAAAAGUGGACGAAUAAAGACGAAGACGGAGACAGAAGCUCCUCAGCUUUAGCUCCUCCCCCGAAAGCUUCGGACGUUGGACUUAGAGCACCUGUAACGGAACAGACCUCCCAACUGUCUCAAUCGACUUUACAAACCGAUGACGCGACCGUAAAUAAGUUCAAAUUACCGAAGGGCAGAAACAUGCGUGCCAACUACAUAGACAUAAUGAAUCCGAAUAGUUUGAAAACUAACACAGCACCGUCAAGUAUACCGACCCCGGUAACGUCUCCAAUCGUACCUAUGGCAACUUCGUCACCUCAGUUAUUCAUUCCUGCACCAGUUAACGAUUCAAACGCUACCGUUGCCUUCUUAACACCUACAUCAACACCAGUCGCACCUUCCACGAACGUCUCUGAAAACACAUCGCAAGGGCUCUCUCGAUGGAGCUCAACCAGCUCGUUAUCGCGAGAGGUGCAGAGCUACACUAUGAGGGAUCCGCGUCUCCUUCCACGGAACAAGGGACCAAUGAUGUACAACCCAAAUGACAUCAAGGAUCAUGCGGCAAAGAACACGCAGCAGAGUCGGUAUCCUCCACGAUAAAAUUCGCAAGAUCGUCUAGAAUACACCUGAUAUAGGUAUAUCGGGUGAUGUUUAGAGGAAAAAAAUGUUGUUUCUAUCAGGAUCGCUUUGCUUACAGAAAUCCAAAUUUUAUAUGUAAGCGAACGGUAUCAGUUAUGCGGCUUGAUUUAGUCAAGCAUAUCCAACUUUACAAUUUGAAUUUUCUCAUGCAUCAAAUUUAGUUCUUUUAAAGCGCAAACAACAUAUGAAUUUACUAUUCCAUCAUUUGCAGUUACGAUCGAAUUUCAUUGAGCAUAUACUAGGUACUCUUUUGUAUAAUCAAUGUUUCACGGAAUGUUUUCACACAAACUCAACGCAAUACGAUUCGUAGAUAAUUUUAUUACUAUUCAGUCUUUAGAAUUGAAUCCGUUCAGUCGUGACAUUCUUUAACGAUGUAAAUUUCAAUCGAACAGAGAAACUUACGUUGCUGAUGUUACGUUGAGUGGGUCGAGUGUGUUUGUUAGAGAGUUUUAAUGGGUUCAACGGUCACGGUAUAUAGGGUACAGCUCUGUUGGAUGACAUAAAGCGCAGAAUUUCAAUGAUAAAUGAUAACGAAGUGUAAAAGGAACGCGUGCUACGUUGAGUGAUCACGAGCGAAAUGAAUAUUAUUGUAACAGUUUUGCGUUUGGGACAAUAUUCGCGUUUAAGUUGUACGUGAAUAAGUGUAAUGUGAAUUGUAGCAAGGAUCGAAUUGUCCACGUUUCGAGAAUUUGUUCCGUAUCUAGGAACAUGAUACGAUAUCAAGUCUGAUUUUAUACGAUGGCAAAAAACAUUUAUUGCAUACAUAGAAAAUGAAAUGAAUGUCGGUAAUGUAUGAAAUGUUAGGAAUAUGAAAAUUUUAUGGAUCCCAUUGUUAGGUGAUGCGUAUCGCAGGUACAUGCUGUUAUUCGUUGUCGGGCUAUUGUAUCGUUAUACCAACGUUAUACAAAUAUUUGAAAC